GUCAACCCGCUUCCGGCUUCACGGUUUGUUAUUGAAGCGGAGCUCGUUUAAAUGUUGACGGCCGAAGUUAAUGAAGUUGAAAAAUGAAGUCUUUAAUUCAGCUGUAACGAAGCUACGCAUAAAGACACGUUUAAGAUGUCAGGAUCGUAUGAGCAGAACAGGAAGCGACGCCCCCCCAAGACGUUCUUGAUCUCGACCGACCUGAAGGUCCAGGACCAGCUGGACGGAACCAUUCGGCUGCAGCGGGGGUUCAUCUGUCAGGAGCAAGAUUUGGCCAAAACCAGAGGGGACAACCCCUGGGUCAAGGUGUUAGACAAUGGCCUCAUGGUGAAAAUAGAAAGGAAGCACCUGCUUGAAGUCCCGAUAGAGUUCAGUGGUCUGCUGGAGCCGGUGGCGGAUCCGGACGCUCGUCUGAAACUUCUGAACAAUCCUGGGAAGCUGCAGCACUUCGCUUCUUUGCCCGCUGAUACCCCGCUGUGGGUCCAAAUGGGGCAACCGGACGAGCUGGCAGAGGCAGAACUCAAGUACAUCGGGCCGCUGACCAGAGGGAGCAGCGGUGUGUAUUUUGGAGUCCAGCUGAAGGGUUCAUCGGUGGGUAAAGGAGUGAGCAACGGUUCCUAUAAAGGCCACCGACUCUUCACCUGCCCUGAAGCCUGCGCCCUCUUCCUGCCUAUCAGCCACGUCCGGCUCCGCCACUGGUCCCGCAGCGGUAACUCGGACGCACACGAACGAGGUCGAGACCGGGAGCACCAUCGCGGCGGCAACAAUCCCCCCAGCAACGGGCACCAUGGCAACAGCGAGCGUCCGAAUCAUCAUCACCUCCAGCAGCAGCAGCACGGUAGACACAUCAGCUUCCACCAACAUCGACCCGGCAGCCCUCCUCACGGCCUUGGCAUCCUCCCACGCACCGCAGAGUCAGCACCCAUCAUGGCUCACAGCCACAUCCGAGGCCCGGCGUCGCCACCGCCCUUCCACACCGGCCAGCGGGUGUGUUUCCCCCUGGAGGACACCGUCUACUCCGGAGAAGUGCUCUUCUGUGGCCCCCUGCCUGGCCGGUCCUCGUCGGGAAUGUACGUCGGAGUCCUUCUGGACGCUCCUGUGGGUAACUGGGACGGUUAUUACAAAGGAGAGAAGCUCUGCCACGUUCCUUCUCACACAUAUGCACUCCUGCUGCCGGUGAACAAGGUCUCCUCAGAACCAAAAUCUCACCGUCUCAACCUUCUUCACCAACUUCCUAAGUCCAUCCUAAAGCCGGUGCUGCCCUCUGUCACUAAACCAGCCCCGAUAUCACCACCAGCCUCUGCUCCCAAAGUCGCCCUGAUGCCUCCACCCAAGCAAGCCCCGAAGCCUCCUCCUUUACCUCCACCCAAACCUCCCCAGAAGACCUUGCUGCCUCCACCUCUGCCGCCUCCCAAACCCCAAAGCCCGACGUCGCCGAACAGCGACGACCCGCCCCUGCACACUAACGGCAUCCACAGCCCCCCGUCGCCUCUGAAGAGUCCUGAAGGCAGUGAAGCUGCUGGGGAGGACGGAGAGGCGGGGCUAGGGGGCGACCUGGAGGUGGGGUCGAUGGUUGAAGUCAACGACCCGCCGCUGUUUGGGGUCAUCCGCUGGAUUGGACGGAUCAGUGGCAUUUCAGAGCCAGUGGCAGGACUCGAGCUGGACCAGGAGCUGUCUGCUGGAACAGACGGCAGCUACCUCGGGGAACGCCACUUCCGCUGCCCGGCCAACAAGGGACUGUUCGUCAAACUUCGCAACUGUAGACGGGACUCCAGGUUCCCGGCUCCUGAGACGCCUGUCAAUCAAGUGGAGCGAUGCAACUCUAUAGCCUUUGCAGAGUGGGGCAGUGAGCGUGUGGAGGAGCACACUCCUCCGAUGGACGGCAACGAGGCCAGAGAGCUCUACCAGGGCUGGAAGAGAGGCAUCCAGGGUCACCUCAACUCCUGCUACCUAGACGCCACGCUGUUCAGCCUGUUCUCCUGCUGCAGUUCAGCAGACUGGGUCUUAUUUUGGCCUUCUGACUCUGAAACCGACCAAAACGCUGCUCAAGCUCAGGACCUGCUGCGCUGUGAGAUCGUCAACCCACUGAGAAGGUUUGGCUAUGUGUGUGCCAGUAAGACCAUGGCUCUGAGGCGACUGCUGGAAGCUGCAAACAGUGACACUGGCUUCACCAACCAGGAGAAAGGUACGAGUGUGAAAGCGUGGCUGCCUCUGCAUUCUUGUUUUUACUCCUCCGUCAGCUUUCUGCAGGUGCAUGUGAAACAUCAGACGCUGUUGGUGAGACUGAGGAAUGUUAUCGCGCUGCUAAUCUGUCCCCUAGACCCUGAGGAGUUCCUCAACAAGCUUUUCCAGCUCCUCCGAGUCGAGCCGCUCAUCAAGAUCAGAUCAAUGACUCAGCAGCCUCAGGAGUGUCACCUCUACCAGCUCUUCCCACCUACCCUCCCCUCGUCUCCCUCCUCGCCCUCACCCCUCUCCCCAGUCCACUCCCCCAUCCCGCUGUCCUCGCCGUCGUCCAAUCGGAUGAGGGUCGCCAGCGUCCAGACCCUGCUGGAGUCCUCGUUCCUCCACGCCGGCCUCAAGUUUGUUGAGGCUCCGUCCUGCCUCUUACUGCUCAUGCCAAGGUUCGGGAAGGAUUUCAAGAUGUUUGAUGCCAUCUUACCCUCCCUCAGCCUGGACAUCACAGACCUGCUGGACGAUACUCUGAGACAGUGUAGUAUCUGUCAGGCUGUCGCUGAGUUUGAGUGUCUGCAGUGUUAUGAAGACCCGGACAUCACCCCUGGACGUCUAAAACAGUACUGCCACACCUGCAACACACAGGUCCACAGUCACAGGAAGAGGGCAUCCCACAGCCCGGUGAACAUCGGUGUCCCUGGAGGUCCGUGGUCGGGUUCUCUGCACUGCACCCGGCAGCGGAUGUCUCUGUUUGCUGUGACCUGCAUAGAAACCAGCCAUUAUGUGAGCUUCAUCAAGCACGGACCCCUCCCCACCAACUGGCUGUUUUUUGACAGUAUGGCAGACAGAGAAGGUGGGGAGAAUGGCUUCAACGUUCCCCGGGUUAAAGCUUGUCCGGAGGUGGGCCGCUACCUCAGCCUGUCAGAGGAGGAGCUCAGCAGGGUCGACUCGGCCUCCUUGAGAGAAUCCGUCCGCCGCCUGCUCUGCGACUCCUACAUGUGUCUGUACCACAGUCCUGAGCUCAGCCUCUACAAGUGAAGCCACUCCACACAGAUCCUACAAAGCAAUAAGGACGUCCUAGGGGUGGAUGACGAAGCUGUCUCAACAAAACCGGAAUUCCCAGUCAGAGAUGUCACAGCAAUGGUUCUUUUCCAACAGACUCAGGGCUAAUCGUGAGCUACGAGGAAGAUGGAAACAUUCCUACAAAUGCUGUUAAUGAUCCAAGUUUAUUUAUUUUACUGCUCAGUGACUCUUAGUUCUAACAUGACAGCUACAGUUUAUUUAAGCACAUCAGUCAGGACUUACAUGUAGGGCUGAUGCUGUCCCAUAAUGAAGGAUAUGUAUCAGUUAGAGGCUCCAAAACAGACCCAUCCUGGCAGCAUUCGUCUCAUUAUGAGGUUUCUUGACGUUUCCUUGUGAACAAAGGCACCUUUUCCGUACAUAACAACACCUUUUGUGGCUAAAUUUAGUAUUUAGCAGCACUAGUUGUCUGCUGUGGGGGUUAGCCGGCUAGCUAGCUAACAGGCUAGCAGGAACAGUUAGCUCGGUAGCUGUCAUGUUCGAUGGCAUUAGGCAAACUUCAGCAACAGUUAGUUAUAUUAAAACUCUGUCUUUCUGCUCAACGUGUCUUCCUAAUAGACUGACUUCACUUCACAGCACAUUAAUCUUCAGGUUCUUUGUCUUUUCUAGCUGUCAGAUGCAAACAUUGCACUCGUUUACCAUGAGCCUCGUUAUCACUGUGACCAACAUCUAUUCAUCACUUGUGUCCAGCUUAAUAUUAAAUACUCUUAAAUACAGUUAGCUCAAGUAUUCAGCUACCUGUUCCUGUUCACACUUGGUUUGUGAUUGUCAGACCUACACGUCCACCACACUGAAUGUUUAGUUUUUUUGUACAGCACUUUCUCCACAAAGCAGGACAAGAUGAAAAGUCUUUAUCUGGACAUUCCGUAGUUCAAUCACGGCCUGAGAAUGAGCUGCUGUCGCUUCAGACGUAAAACAAACACGACAAUCAGCCGAAUUACCAGAGCAGCAAUAUUUACACUCCUUAAAUGUGCCUUAUGAACAAAUACUCCUCAGUUUACUGUGCCUUGAUAGCGCUCUCACACUGUACAGCUCAGUUUGUACUGCUGCAUGUAGCCGUCAGUACGUCUGUAUAUAAUAGAUCGCCUUAAACUGACGGUAAAGACUGCACACAGAUGUUUGAGCUUCACCAGCUCAUAGUUUGUUUAAUGUAACAACAAACAACGAGGAAAAUGUCCCAGAUAAUAAAUGCUUUCAUACUAA